GUAGACAGAUAGAUAGAGAUUAGAGAUGAUAUACAAACAAUUGCCUGAUACCAUGUCUCAUCAUUGGGUUUGGUAGUGUCCUUAUGUGAGUUUCCCUGAACUUCCUAGACUCAUACUCCAUCCCCCUCCAUGUGCUCAUCAAAUUUUUUUUAAUCAGAUUUGAGUCCAUGCAAUGGAUUUAGAAAACAUCCAAAUUCCAUAUAUUCCCAUCACUUGAAAUAAACUGGAAGAUGCUACUUUUAUUGGACUCUUUCAACUGCCAAAUUUUGCCCAAUGUAUUUUGAUCAGUUAAAAAGACUAUAUCUUUACAACUUGUAUAGCCCAAAAGAAUCCUCUGUUUUGGCAAAAUUUUUAUUGCUACCAUUUCUCCCCUAUAAACACUAUUGUAUUCCUAGUCUUACUGUCAAUGAUUUUUUAGGCCAAAAAAAUUAUUCCUAUCUGGUAGAUUUGUUCAGUGUGAAGAACCCAAAUUAAAGGAUUUUUUUUUUUUUUUCUGCUUCCGCAACCACCAUGUAUCAGACAAAAUAUAUAUCAUGCCAUUAAUCAUAUCAAACCCCUUCCUCCUUAAUCCCCUCAUUGAGCCCACAAACUAAGUUUGACCACUUUUCUUCUUCUCUGUUUGCACUGUGUGACUGUGUGCAAGUGCAAAUUGCAAUGGGAAAUGUAGCAUCUUGUGCUCCUUCAAUCAUCUCUUCUGGUGCUGUAAAGGUCUUGUUUGGCGAUGGAAGAUUGGUGAUUUACACAAGGCCAUUGAAGGCUGCUGAACUCAUGCUGGAAAACCCGGGUCAAUUCGUUUGUGAUUCGGGUCAUUUGAAAGUUGGGCACAGAAUUGCAGGGCUAUCAGCCGAUGAAGACCUGGAACUCAGGCAAAUUUAUUAUCUUCUUCCAAUGGAAAUGCUGUAUUCGGUUCUCACUGUGGAGGAAAUGAGCUAUCUGAAUGAGAUUUCUUCUAAAGCGUUAAAACAGGGGAGCCUGAAUUUUUCAAAGAUUUUCCCAGUUUUUGGUGAUUUCUGCUUGUUCCCAAAUGCAGAAUCCAGAAAUGUAGACUCUGCAAUAAAGGGUCCUGAGCCUACAGAAAGAUACUCGAGACAAAGAUCUUGGAAGCCUGCAUUAGAAACCAUCAUGGAAGCUCCAACACCACCGUAUGUAUAGCUCUGUUUCAUGAUGGCUGUUUUUAUUUUAUUGGUUUUUUUUUCCAACUCUUAUACUUUCAAAUUCUUUUUACUUUUAACCUUUUUGCUAUACCUUUUGGUGUUCAAAUCGUGUAGUGUAAUUAGAUUUUGUGUGUGUGUAGGGUAAAUCAUGAUUCAUAAGUGUAGACUCUGUAUAGAGAUUAUGGUGUUUUUACCUUCUUGAUGAAGCAGAGCAUCAUGACUGUGAGAUGUACGAGUUUUGCUUAAUUUUUUCAUAUGGCAAACGUGAAAUAUUUCAUGUAAAUGGCAAAUAAUUAAUAACC